AUGGACACAGAACUCCAACUCAUAAAAAACCUACCUGCACAAAUACUGCGCAGAAAUUCAUCAUCAAACUGCAGGACUGACCCGGAAAUCGACGAUGAACAUCGAUACACAAGCUUGAGGGACAUCAUAUUGAACUCGCCACAACACAGCACCACAAUCCCGGAGGAGAGUGACUUUGAAUUCGACCCUUCGAACAUCACGAUUCGAAACCAGCUGGUGAAGCGUGCAGCCUCAGCAUAUGUGCAGUCAGCUGCAAUAUUGGCCAGCGGUCGAAACCAAAACUUCAUUGCGAGCUUCUGGGGGAGGCUUAGGGGCAAUGUGACAUCAGGUACACGCUGGUACGCUUAUGUUAGGAGCCCAAUAGAAGCUUGUUUCAGGCCUAUUUUGCAGUUUUUAGCUUGCAUGGUUUGGAAUGUGAGGACCACAUUGAACAUUCCAAUCUCUUGA